GCUUUCACAAGGUGCUAUCUAUCUCAGAUACAUCAGAUUUCUUUGCUAGGACACAGUUUUGGAUGGCUGAUGUUUUGAAUUCUUCUUAAUUUUGUUAUCACACUAUCACGAGCGUCUCGUCCAGACCUGUAGUAACUCACUUCUGUUCCCAGGAUGAGGACAAACGCUGCACGUCUCCUAUUUGCAUUUAUUUUCCUGACUGUUCGCUAGAUGUUGUUAUAUGGUGUGACUUAUUUGACUGGUAAAUACAUACACAGUGGUCAUACUGUGGCAUGCUUGUGUGUGUACCCUUCCAUCGCAAGAGGAUUUGAUCCACUGUAAUGAAAGGAUUGCAUGCCCUGGUUCUUGAAUGCUUUAUCUUUCAUGAUUUUCAAUUGAAGUUGUGCUGUCUUGUCUCAUGCCUGGACACUACUCAAAGUGAAUGAUCUAUUUCAUUUGGACACACAUAUGAAGACAUAAAAGUGGCCACUUUUUCCCCAAAAACAAACCCUGCUGAAAGUCAAUAUUGAAUUACCAAGUAUUUGUUUUCCAUGUGGGUUACUGAUCGAGUACUGAUGGUAUGGAGGAAGUACGGUAGAAGCAGGGCGCAACAUAGUUGUGUUGCAAAGUAAAGUAGAAUGUUGUUCAAGGUGGGUGUUGAGAAAUGCAUGGGAGGGAGGGGCUUCAGAUUUGAACCUAUUUUCAUUUGCAUGAGGUGAGUGUGGUCUGUGCUCAGUCUGAUGAAGAAAGCCCUCAUGACUGGAAGUGUAGCUGUGCUGAACCUACAGAAAGCUGAGCUUGGAUAGUUUGUGUUCCUCACAAAGAUGCCCAGUUACACUGUCACGGUGGCUACAGGUAGCCAGUGGUUUGCCGGGACCGAUGACUACAUUUACGUCACCCUGGUUGGAACUGAGAGAUGCAGUGACAGGACCCUGCUGGAUAAACCUCUCUACAAUGACUUUGAAAGGGGAGCGAUUGACUCCUAUGAUAUAAGUGUUGGAGAAGACCUUGGUGACAUUGAACUGGUGAAAAUCGAGAAGAAGAAAUAUUGGUUCCAAGAUGAUUGGUAUUGCAGAUUUAUCACAGUGAAGAACCCAACAGGAGAUUAUCUUGAGUUUCCAUGCUUUCGAUGGCUGGUUGAUGACAAAGAAGUUGUCCUCAGGGAUGGCAAGGCUCGUUUGCCACAGGUUGAGAAGACCCCAAUAGCAAAGCAGCAUCGACGUAAAGAACUGGAAACAAGACAAAAGCUUUUCAGAUGGAAAGAGUGGCACCCAGGCUUUCCAAUGAGCAUAGAUGCCAAAGCCCACAGAGAUCUCCCCCGCGACAUCCAGUUUGACAGUGAGAAGGGCGUGGACUUCGUUUUGAACUACAGUAAAGCAAUCGAAAACCUGGCUGUGAACCAGUUCAUGCAUAUGUUCCAGUCUUCUUGGAAUGACCUGGCUGACUUUGAACAGAUAUAUAUGAGGAUCAAGAACACCAUUUCAGAAUAUGUUAUGCAACACUGGAAAGAAGACUUCAUGUUUGGAUACCAGUAUCUUAAUGGAUGCAACCCUGUCAUCAUCCAGAAAUGCCACAAAAUACCCGACAAGUUCCCAGUGUCUCAUGACAUGGUGAAGGACUACUUGGAGCGGGAAAUUACUCUCGAGGAGGAGGUCAAGGCCGGAAACAUUUUUCUUGCAGACUACGAUGUAAUGGAUGGUGUGACGGCAAACAGUACAGACCCUUGCACUAUGCAGUAUCUGGCUGCUCCAGUCUGUUUAUUGUACAGAAACCAACGGAACAAGAUAAUGCCAUUGGCCAUUCAGCUGCAUCAGGCCCCUGGUGAGGACAAUCCCAUAUUUCUCCCGAGUGAUGCUGAAAAUGACUGGUUGCUCGCAAAGGUAUGGGUGCGCUCCGCUGAUUUCCAUGUCCACCAAACUGUCACUCAUCUUUUGCGCACUCACCUGAUCUCUGAGGUCUUCGGAAUUGCCAUGUUCCGCCAACUUCCUGCUGUCCACCCAGUUUACAAGUUGCUCUAUCCACACAUCCGCUUCACGAUCGCCAUCAACACCAAGGCACGGGAGCAGCUGAUCUGUGAAUGUGGGCUCUUUGAUAAGGCCAACGGGACAGGAGGAGGGGGCCAUGUUGAACUGAUCCAGAGGGCCAUGAAAACCUUCACAUACAAAACGCUCCUUUUCCCAGAGUCCAUCAAAGCUAGGGGCAUGGAGAGCCAGGAGGAGAUCCCCUACUACUUCUACAGGGAUGAUGGCAUCAAGGUCUGGGAGAUGGUCAAAAGUUUUGCGGCAGAUGUGGUGGCCAUUUACUAUGACAGUGAUAAGACUCUCCAGGAGGAUGAGGAAAUUCAAGCGUUUGUGAAAGAUGUCUGCAGCUUUGGAAUGCAAGACUUCGACCAAUGUGAGUUUCCAAAAUUCUUGACGACCAGGGAGCAACUUACAGAGUAUCUGACUGUUGUGAUCUUCACUGCUUCUGCACAGCAUGCUGCUGUGAACUUUGGCCAGUAUGACUGGUGCUCCUGGAUUCCAAAUUCUCCAUCGACCAUGCGGAAACCCACCCCUACGAAGAAGGGCGAGGCCGAUGUGAAGUACAUUAUGGAGAGUCUGCCUGACCGCGGACGCUCCUGUUGGCAUCUUGGGGCUGUGUGGGCCCUCAGCCAGUUCCAGGAUAAUGAGUUGUUUUUAGGCAUGUACCCCGAUGAGCACUUCACUGAGAAGCCAGUGAAGACGGCUAUGGAGAACUUCCGCAGGAAACUCUCAGAAUAUUCCCGGGUUGUGAAGGCCAGGAAUGAGGGGAAGAAGCUGCCAUACUACUAUCUGUCUCCAGACAGGAUUCCAAACAGUGUAGCAGUUUGAACAUGGUCUGAUUACUUCAGUCUCUGGGAUCUGUUGUACUUUAUUUUCUUUCUAUAUGCUUUCUAUUUUUGUUUUGUGUUCUUUGUAUUGGUGGCCUACAGAGUGACACUGUCAAGCGCAGAAUCUUGCAAUCACAGCUUGUUGCAAUUAAAAGCACUCCCCCUCUCCCAACCCCAUGUAAGCCCAGUACAGUGCAAAUGAUUUAAAGCAUGCUUUUUAAUAAGGAUAUUUUGUGUUAAGAUGACAUAUCAAUUUUAGAAUAAAAUUUUGAAUACUGCUGUAGCACUGUGUAUGCAUAUAUCAAUUUUAGCCUGAGCAGCACAUAAAAUAAAGAUGAAUGUUUUGUCCCA